AUGGCGUGGAACUGUAGGGGUUUGGGUCAGGCGGACUCCCCUAAAGUUCCUUACAUUGCGUCUUUAGUCCGCUCUUGUGGUGUAGAUGUUAUUUUCUUAGCUGAAACUAUGGUGUCUGUAAAUUCUGUAAUGCAUAAAUUAUCUUCCUUGUCAUGUUCAGGUUUUGUAGGUAUGGAUUCGGUGGGUCUUAGUGGUGGGAUUUGUGUGUUGUGGUUUGCCCCAGUUUUGAUUGACCCUCUCUUGGUUUUUUCGCAUAUAAUAUUGUGUCGAGUUGUGGAGAACUUGGUUAUAAAAUAUGUCCUUUUUCUGUAUGGUGCACCUCAAGUUUCUGAUCGUAUGACUGUGUGGUCGAAAAUUUCUGAUAUUUUAGCCUCUUACCAGAAUAUUGUGUUAGUUGGCGAUUUUAAUCAGGUUGAAUAUUUAUCAGAUAAGGCCGAAGGUAAUCUGGAUAUUCCUGGCCGUCAUGAUUUUAUACAGUGGAAAUUGGAUAAUGGGUUACUUGAUAUUCCGUUUUCUAGACCAUCUUUUACUUGGACUAAUGGGAGAACAGUUAUGGACCCCACUUUUGAGAGAUUAGAUAAGGCAUAUGCUACUUCCCAUUGGCUUCAGGAUUGGCUGGCUACCUCUGUUCAUCAUCAGCCCAUUUUGUUUUCUGAUCAUGCGGCAAUUAUUUUAAGUGACUCUUUGCCUUCUGAUAGAUACAAACGUCCUUAUAGAAUUGAAAACUGGUGCCUACACUCUGAGGAUGUUGCUAAUAUGGUUCAAACUACUUUUGUUGAACAUAUCCCUGGGUCUCUUAUGUUUUCCUUAUCAAAAAGACUUUGUGUUCUUCGUCAUCGUCUACUAGCUUGGUGUGUUUCUCAUAAAAAGGCGUGGGGCAUUGAUUGGAAAGCUUUGGUUGCCGAUGUCACUAAUGCUUUUUUUAAUCUUGAUUCACGGAAUAGUCGUUGUUUGUUUAUUCAGGCCCGACGUCGGAAGAACACUAUUAUGGGGCUUAAGGACAAUGAAGGUUCCUGGGUUUCGGAUACGGGGGAUAUUCGUUCUUUGGUUCUCAGUUUUUACAAGUCCUUAUACAGUAGGAAUUUGGAUCGACCUUCUGCUGAAUUCCCUUGGGAUUCCCUUCAGCUCCCUUCUUUGUUUGAUAGGCAUCGUCAGUCCAUGCUAACCCCCUUUUCAGCUGAUGAUAUUAAGCAGGCGAUGUUUAGUAUUGCUGAUGAUAAGUCUCCAGGUCCUGAUGGUUAUACUUCAGCCUUUUUUAAGACCUAUUGGAGUGAGGUGGGUGAUCAGGUGGUGAAUGUUGUCCAGCUCUUUUUUGCUCAUGGUUAUUUGCUUAAGGAUUGGAAUCGAACAUUCUUAGUUUUGCUUCCUAAGGUAGAUCACCCUGAACUUGUUUCUCAAUUUAGAUCGAUAGGACUCUGUAAUGUUCUUUAUAAAUGCAUAUCUAAGUGUCUUGCUCGUCGUCUACGUUGGAUACUUCCAGAUAUAGUUUUAGAUUUUCAUAAUGCCUUUGUUCCGGGCAGGUUAAUAUCUGAUAAUUGCCUGAUGGUGCACGAGAUUCUUUCAUUUAUGAAUGCUUCCAAAGCCAGGAAACGUUUUUAUGCGGCCCUAAAGCUAGACAUGAAUAAAGCUUAUGACAGAGUUGAGUGGGACUUUCUGUGUAGGUGUGUAUCUACAGUGUCAUACCAGGUAUUGGUUAAUGGGUCACCUACAGAGGUUUUUCGUCCUCAGCGUGGUCUACGUCAAGGAGAUCCGCUAUUUCCAUACUUGUUUGUUUUGUGCAUGGAGGUUUCUCCUCCAGCUUGUGAAGAAGUGUUGAAUGUGCUUUCUGCUUUUUGUGAUAUUUCGGGUCAAAUGCUUAAUUUGCAAAAGUCAUUUGUCAAGUUUAGUCCUAAUACUCCUGAGGAUUACCGAUCUUAUAUGUCUGGUUGUUUGAAGAUGCGAUCUGAAUCUAGAUUGGGUUCAUAUUUGGGGCUUCCUGUUGAUUUAGGUCGUAGUAAAUGCUCUGAGUUUGGUUUCCUCUUGGAUAAGGUGGCUAAACGUCUACAGGACUUUACAGCUCUCCGGCUUUCGCCGGCGGCUAAGCUUGUUAUUAUUAACUCAGUGCUCAUUGCCUCCUUUAAUCACAUCCUGUCUGUUUCCAAAAUUCCUGAAUCUAUAUGUUCCAGAAUGGAUAAUUUGUUAGCCAGGUUCUGGUGGAAAUCUUCUUCUUCUAAUCGAGGAUUGGCUCUUCGGUCUUCGUUGUUGCUCCAUCUUCCGAAGGGUUUAGGGGGAUUAGGAAUUCGUAGUAUUUCCCCUUUUAACUCUUCCAUGUUGGCGAAGCAGAGUUGGCGACUUAUUCACUGCCCUCAGUUGUUGGUUUCUCGGCUUCUGUCUGCGAAGUAUCCAACUCUUUGUUCUACUAACUCCUUCUCGACUUCUCGUCCCUCCUGGGGUUGUAGGGGUCUUAUUUCGGGGAUGUCCUUGUUGUCGAAGGGUUUGUGUUGGAAGUAUGCUACUAUUAUUCACGGGUUGUUUGAUUCUAGUUCUGCUGCUAGAAUUCUUUCUUUGGAUCGACCUGUGCGUUUAAUGGAUGAUUUUGUUUACUGGAAGUUUACUAGGGAUGGAGUUUUUACAACGAAAUCUUCUUAUGCUCUUCUUUGUGAGCCUAGGGUCAUGUCUGGUAGUCCAUCUCAAAUCUCUCAAGCAUGGUGGAGGAAGUUCUGGGCUUUACCAAUUCUUCCUCGUUGGAAAAUAUUUGGUUGGAAAUUGGUGCACGACGCCCUUCCUUUAGCGACUAUUCUCAAUUCUCGAGGCCUCACUAAUGAUCCAGUUUGUGAAUUUUUUCAUGCAGAUGUGAAAUCUGUGUCUCAUACAUUCAGAGAUUGUCCUGCUAUCUGUAGUCUUUGGCUAUAUAGGGCGUUGGGAAUCCAAUGGGAUCUUAUGCAGUUUCCUUCGUUUAGUAUUUGGUUCUCAGAUUGGGUUAUUCGUAAUAUGCAGGCUCUAGAUUGGAAGAGGUUUACGAGGUCUUCUCGUUCGGUUAGUUUGGAGGCUAGGCAUGAUGUCAAGUGGCUGUGUCUGCGGGGGUUACCUUAUAUUUCUCCAACGGCAUGUUUGAUGGUAGACGGGGACUGGGAUUGCUCUACUUAUAGGGCGGGAGCAGGCUUGAUAGUCCGUGAUCUUCAUUCUUCUGAGGUCCUGGGAGGUGGUUGUCGGGCUUUUAUGGCAAGUUCAGCGUGGCAGUCUGAGAUUCAAGCUUGUAUAUGGGGUUUGGAGUAUGCUAUUCGCAAAGGUUUUUUAAAAAUCCGGGUUUAUACAGAUUGUGCUGCCCUCCUUACUCUUCUUCCUCCUUCUGGCUUAAUGGAAAUUUCUGCUUGGUGGCUUAUCCAGGAGUUGUGGGCUUGUGUUCAGUCUCUUUUGGUCUGUCAGGUUCAAAAGGUUCCUCGUAUGUGGGAUACUCCUGCUCACUGGUUGGCUGGUUGUGCCCGGCGGCGUCAGUUGUUGUAUUUUUUGUUUUAA